AUCAUCACCAACUGUAUCAAUGACAGGUCGACUGAUGUCACAGAUUCUUUCAAGAUUCAUGACCUCGUUUGAGGUCACCACCUUUGGGGUAUAAAUAGAAGUCGCUCAGAGCAGAUCAGUUAGUCUGCACAGACACACUCCCCGAGCGACACGAGCGGAACACCUUCCUGGAAGAAAGACCGAGCGUAUGUCAAUCUUCUCAGAUUUAAAUACAGAAAGUGUACCCAGAAUGUCCCACAGUGAAGAAUUUCAGGAGAUGGAGGUUUCCACUGAAGAACUGAACUACAUCACAGAGAGGAUUCUCCAGCAAAAUUACAACAUGAGCAAACAUGUUGAGAAUCUUUGCAGGAGAUUCCAGAAAAGGAGAGAUUUAGACGCUUCAUACAAAGAACUGAAAAAGUCACGGAAAGCUGCUACUGAGGAAAACAAAAAACUGGUGCAGCAGGUGAAGCGUCUAAGAGUGGAUGUUGAGAAGCUGAUGCACAUGGAGCAAACGUGUGAAGACGAGAGGAUCAAAACCUCUCAGGUCUAUGAAAGUAACCAAGACCUGAAGACUGUGAUGGACUCUCUUCAGUCCAAACUUCAGCAGCUGAAAGGCACGAAACAAGAAGUUUCUGUCUUCAAAGCUGAAAGAAAAAGUUUGGAACAAGAGAACAGAGCUCUGAUAUCUCAACUGAAGAAACUCCAGAAACAGACGGCCCGCAAAGCACACCUGGAACCGGAUCUGAAAAGAGAAUUUGAGGAAUUCCAGGCUUUGAAACAACAAACUGAUGAACUGAGACAAAUCAUUCAGGAGCUGCAGAAAGAAAAUGAGGACCAGAAGAAGAUGGAGGAGAACUAUCCUACAAUGAAAGAGGAAUGGUUUGAACUCACUCUUCUGAAGGCUCAACUGGAAGAAGAGAUUUCUGAUCAGAGAAAGCAGAAGGAGGAAACACGUCAGCUGAUUGUUCGACGUGAGGAGGAAAGGAGAGAACAGGAAUCUCUUAGAGAACAAAUCAACGUUCUCACAGCAGAGAGAAACGCUCUGGCCGAAGAACUGCAACACCGUAAAGCGCUGGAGUCUGAAUGUAAGGAGUUACAAGCAGAAACCAGCGACUUGGUGAAGCAAGUUUUCAACCAGACACAAGAUGUUGCAGAGCUGAAGGACAUGCUUUCAGAGUUUCAUGAUGUGCAAGAAAAACUCAAUAUUGCACAGCAGGAAAAUCUGAAGGCAAAGAACCAAAGCGCCCUUCUCCAGAACCAAAUCCAGGACCUGAAGGUUCAGAUCCAGAACCCACAACAGGCUGUCGCUGCUCUGGAGAAAGAAGUCAAAGACCUCCAGGAGACAAAUCAAGAAAUUAAGGAGGUUCAAGCCAAAUAUGACAGAAUCUCUGAAGAAAAGUCCAAACUGGAGGACAAAAAGAAACGGCUUCAGGAUGAAGUUUCACAUCUGAAACUGCAGAAAGACGAAGUACGUGAACUGGCUGUUAAAUACAACACCGUACUGGAUAAACUGGGACCCCUUCGAGAGGAAACAAAGACCCUCAAACAGGAAAGAAAGACGAUGACUGAUCUUCUCAAGCAGCGUCAAAUACUGGAGACGGAAUAUAACGAGAUCAAAGCAGAAGCUGAUCAUGUGGAAGCUGAAAACUUCCACCUUCAUGCUGAAGUGGAUGAUCUCCAGAAGAAGCUUUCAGAUAUGAAAGAUGUGGAGGAGAAAGUCUUAAAAGCGAAGGAGAGAAAUCUGAAAGCAAAGCAAGAACAUGACCGUCUCCAGAACCAAGUCCAAGACCUGCAGGUUCAGAUACAGAAUCCACAACAGGUUCCACGUCUGACCCAGCAGCAACAGGAAGCCCAUGAACUGGUUGUCAAGUACAACAAAGUAAUGGAUGAACUGAAGGGACGAUUUCAGUACAAAAAGGUUCUGGAUGAACUGAAGAGACGAACAAUAAUGAGAAGGAAGUUAUUUGAGCUGAAAAGCACACAUAAUGUACCCUACCACUGAGUAUCCUCCUCUCUAACAAGUGACGUUGCUCGUUAGGGGCGGGGAGACCUGAGGGGGGCAUUUGUUUCCUAAAAAGCCCUCCUCCCCCCACCUUACACAUCCACAUACAAAGACACACCAAAAAGGGGGAAUAAAUGUUUGAUAUAAAACAAAAAUGAGAUAUAAAAAAAAAAAAAGUCCAGCGUAAAAAAAAAAGGGCGACACACCAAUAGGUGUGUUUGUGUGGGUUUUCUCUGAGCGCUUCAGUUUCCCCCCACCCAACAAAACGAAUUCAUAUCAAAAUAUUUCAUUCAUUAUUAAUAGUUAAAUUAGAUAAUUGGAAAAAAAAGUGGUGCAAUUCUUUACAAAAAAUUAGUUUCAUUCUUUACAAUUUAGCUGGACUUAAAAAAAAAAAAAAAAAAAAAUAUUGCAACACACCAAAUUUUUCCCCUCCGUAAACCGCCACCUUACCGUGGUGGAGGGGUUUGAGUGCUCGAGUGAUCCUAGAAGCUAAUCUGUCCAGGGCUAAUACCCAAGGUAUGAUGCCCUACUACCGAUGGCUUCUAGGGGACGAGCCAGACUAAGAGCGGUUAAGAAUCUCCACAUGAUUCACAAACACCAAGGUCCAGUUGCAGCUCACAGACUGCAGUCAGGACCGGCUUGGAGUUGGGCCUCACAGACGAGGGACUGGUCGAGUCCAAGCUGAAAAAAUGACAUGGGAACCAUCCCUCCCGGGCCCACCACCCCCAGGAGAGCUGAUGAGGAGUUGAUGCAUAGUUUGGGCAGCAGCUGAAGGUACGUGCCUAGGCAGCUUGUUCUUAUAUUCAAAAAGACGAACGAGAUCCUGCGUUUCUGCUGCAGAAACACUAGAGCGUCUGGAUGUUAGACAUUGUGGAUCGGUACCACAGUAGGCCAAACGUUGCAGAACCGCAGAUAGAAAGAAAGUUAAACGGCAGUUUUGCUUCACCUUUCAUGUAUAGUCCAAAAACUAAAGACACUGGUAAUGGUACGCCUGCUUUAGCAGGUUGGGGUUCGAUUCCCUGCGUUGUCCUACUGAAUAUUUGGACUUUAAUACAUGAAAUGUUGAGCAAUGCAACCUGUAGUGUAAAAGAAAAAAAAA